AUGGCCUCUGUCGUGCCACUGAAGGAGAGGAAGCUAAUGGAUGUAAAACUGGGGGAGCUGCCCAGCUGGAUACUGAUGCGGGACUUCACCCCGAGCAGCAUCGCAGGAGCUUUCCAGUGAGGCCACUACCGGUACUUCAACAAGUAUGUCAACGUGAAAAAGGGGAGCAUUGCUGGGCUGUCCAUGUUGCUGACAGCUUACGUGUUCAGCUACUGCCGUUCUUACAAGGAGCUCAAACAUGAACGGUACAGAAAUUUGGAUCAUACAGCUGAUGUCCAGUUGCACGCAUGGGGCGAUACUCUGGAGGAAGCAUUUGAGCAGUGUGCAAUGGCCAUGUUUGGUUACAUGACAGACACUGGGACUGUUGAGCCCCUCCAGACAGUAGAAGUUGAAACUCAAGGAGAUGACUUACAGUCUCUUCUGUUUCACUUUUUGGAUGAGUGGCUUUAUAAAUUCAGUGCUGAAGAGUACUUCAUACCCCGGGAAGUGAAAGUACUUAGUAUUGAUCAAAGAAACUUCAAAUUACGAUCAAUUGGAUGGGGUGAAGAAUUUUCGUUGUCCAAGCACCCUCAGGGAACCGAAGUCAAGGCAAUAACAUAUUCGGCGAUGCAGGUCUAUAAUGAAGAGAAGCCAGAAGUUUUUGUGAUCAUUGACAUUUAA